GUUUUUCUUUUUCCAUCGCGCAGACCCAAACCUCGUCCGCAUCACACCUCGCAAAAAUGGUCUACGAAGCUACUGCCACCGCGCCGGUCAACAUUGCCGUGAUCAAGUACUGGGGCAAGCGCGACACCAAGCUCAUCCUCCCGACCAACUCGUCGCUGUCGGUCACGCUCGACCAGGACCACCUGCGCAGCACGACGACGUCGCGUGCCGACGCCUCGUUCGAGGCCGGUGACCGCCUCUGGCUCAACGGCAAGGAGGAGAGCAUCAAGGAGGGCGGACGGUUGUGGACCUGCAUCAAGGAGCUGCGCGGCUGGCGGGCGGCCGAGGAGGCCAAGGACGCGGCCAAGCCCAAGAUCUCCACCUUCCCCCUCCGCAUCGCCUCGUACAACAACUUCCCCACGGCUGCUGGCCUCGCGUCGUCGGCGUCGGGCCUCGCUGCCCUCGUCGCGUCCCUUGCUCAGCUGUACGAGCUCCCCCAGAACGCCUCGGACCUGUCGCGCAUUGCGCGUCAGGGCUCCGGCUCGGCCUGCCGCUCCCUCUUCGGCGGCUACGUCGCUUGGCAGGAGGGCGUGCAGGCCGACGGCUCCGACUCGCUCGCUGUCGAGGUCGCUCCCCGUGAGCACUGGCCCGACCUCCACGCCGUCAUCUGUGUCGUCUCGGACGCCAAGAAGGGCACGUCGUCGACCGCCGGCAUGCAGCAGACUGUCCAGACCUCGCCCCUCCUCCAGGCCCGUCUCAAGGUCGUGCCCCAGCGCAUGGCCGACAUCUCCAAGGCGAUCCUCGACAAGGACUUUGACGAGUUUGCCAAGAUCACCAUUGCCGACUCGAACCAGUUCCACGCCGUCUGCCUCGACACCCAACCCCCCAUCUUCUACCUCAACGACGUGUCCCGCGGCGUCAUCGCCCUCGUUGAGGAGCUGAACCGUGCUCACGUCGAGGCCACCGGCCACCUCCUUGCCGCGUACACCUUCGACGCUGGACCCAACGCCGUCAUCUACGCGCCCGAGGCCAACAUCCCCACUGUCGUCGCCGCCGUGAACAAGUACUUCCCUCAGGCUGAGGCCUUCCCCGACCCCUUCAAGGUCGGCACUGCCGCCGCCCUUCCUGCCGGCUUCAACGAGGCCGUCGUCCCUGCCGGCGGAUGGCCCAAGGGCGCCGUCAAGCAGCUCAUCCACACCAAGGUGGGCGACGGCCCCCGCCGCCUCGGCCCCGAGGAGUCGCUCCUCGGCCCCGACGGCAUCCCCAAGACCCUUGCAUAGAUAUAUACCGUGCAUAAUGCAUUAUUCGACUAG